AUGACAACGUUAAAACAACUCCUCAUUGGCACAGGAAAUCCUGGAAAAGCUUCAAUGUUGCACAAUCUUCUACAAGGUUGUCCUUCUUUGCAGUUGAAAGCUUUAAAGGACUACCCUGUUAAAAUGCCAGAAGAAACAGGAGAAACAUUUGAAGAGAAUGCCCUUUUAAAAGCACAACAUUGUGCCGAACAAACAAGAUUACCUUGUAUUGGAGACGACUCGGGCCUUGUUAUCCCUGCUUUAGGGGGAAUUCCUGGCCUAAGGUCUGCACGUUGGUUUGAUGACUUUGAAAGCCCCAGUGCCUUAUUUUCACAUUUAGAAAAAGAGCUUCAAGGAAAAGAUCACCGAGCAUAUUUCCACUGCGCUCUCGCCUUUUCGUGGCCUGAAGAAAACGUUUACUUUACUGUGACGGGAAAAGCCUAUGGUACACUUGUUUUUCCUCCGCGAGGAACUUCAGGGUUUGGCUAUAUGUCGAUCUUUGUUCCCGAUGAAGAUCCAGAAGGACGUACCUAUGCUCAACUCCCUGAGGGAAAGAUUAUUGGAUAUCACAGAGCUAUUGCUGGGCAACACUUAAUCGAUCAACUCGCACCUUAUUUUCCUCGGUCAUGA